AAACAACAUGGCGGACUAGGCUUACGACUUUUCUUGAAUGUCGAUCGGUCGGUUAAAAUUAUAUUCAGAGGAACCUUGAUAGCCUGUGAUGGCGUUCCAGCCCCUAGGAGGGCAAGAAUCACAAAACCGGCAGAUUCUUCAAGAUCUUCAGCAAAAACGACAGAUGCUUUUGAAUCAAGGGCAAGGGAGUGUUAUGGGGUCAAAUCUCCCCUCGAACCGCUCAAUAGGACCAGAAACUUCCACUGCUCCAGUUGUAAAACUACAUGACACCCCAGUCAUUCGCAACCCAGCUGACAUGUCAUUGAGUCAGCGGCAGGCUCUUGAGCAUGCUAAUGCAACAUCAUCUGGAUAUUUCAUAUCUCAAGACUCAGCCCAUGGAAACCUUAUUUUGCCUGUUUUACCAAGAUUUGAGAGCGACCAAUGAUGAGAACAUGAAAUUUUGGCAAAAUGCAUGGAACUCA